AACCUGUCACUGUCGUUUUGUCUACUUCAGUAUUGUUUUUGUCCAAUAUUUCCUACUUUCUCAUAAUGAAGUGUUGAAAAAGGAUGACAACAUACUGAGUUUGCGUUUCAGAUUGAAGUCGUUGUUGAAAUUUGUAAAAUUCAGUGAAAGAGAUUGUGAUAUUCAAGUUCGAGCAAUAAUAGGAAUAUGAGUUCUGGUUUUAUUACGGAGACCGAAGCAGCAGAAGUAAGAAAACGGAGACAAGAAGAAUGGGAUAGAGUUAGAAAGGCCGAUGAUCCGAUAGUUAGACCAGAAGAGCCCUUCGAUUCACGGAGUCUAUACGAUAAAUUACAGGAACAGAAACAGAAGAAAGACUUGGAAUAUGAAGAAGCGCACAAAUUGAAAAAUAUGAUAAAAGGUCUCGAUGACGAUGAAAUUGAGUUUCUGGACCUUGUAGACCGCACGAAAAUAGAAGCAGAUCGCAAGAAAGAACUAGAAGAAGAGCAGGAGUUGCUCGAUUAUAGAAACCGAGUCGCUAUUUUACAGGAAAAAUCUUUAGACGAGAGGAUCCAGGCAGACAUAGUAGUCAACAAAUCGAAAACUUCCAAAGACAAUCGUAAUUCGCAACAGAAGUUGCUGAAAGGGAUCGUUAUAAAAAAGAGCGAUAGCAACAAACGGAAAAUGGAAGAAGGAGAGGAAAAAGCCAAGCAAGAGAAUUCCAAACGAAUUAGGGAAGAAGAUGUUGACGAAACAGGUGAUAAACAGUCUUCAAAUAGUUUGCCUGCAGUAGUAAAUGGUCAGAGUUCUGCUCUGACAUGUGUUGCAGUACUGCCCGGACUGGGUUGUUACCAGAACUCUUCGUCUGAAGAUGACAGUUCGGAUUCAGACACAGACAGCAAGCCUCCAAGCAGAACGGACUUGCUAGGGAGGAAGGUGGGAGCCAAGGACAACUCUUCUUCAAAUUGCUAAAUGCCCAGUAGGUUUUUCAACAUUGCUUUCAUGAAAACAGUAUCCAGGAAUGCUGAAAUUAGAAUAGAUUUUUAAAUUUUCAGUGCACCGCGUUUUUCAAGUUACUGUAUAUAUUUUUUGUAUAGUUAUACAAUGAAAAAUGUAAA